AUGGCGGACCUGGAGUGGCGCAGGGACAUGAAAGUGGCUGCUGGCAGAGUUGAAGGCUCAUGGACGGCCUUAAUCAAAGGCGAGCCGAGGCUGCCCAGCCAGAGGCGACUUUUGAUGCGCAGGCACCAGCCUGGUCAGCCCGUGGAGAGCCUGGACCUUCUGGAGGGCUCCCUCCCAGCCUCGGAGCGCCGACCAGACAUCUCGCCGCUGGCCUCCCCCGCGGGAGCGGUGCUCCAAGGAGAAGGCGAUGUGAAGGACGAGAACAAUCAUGGAGGUCAGACCUGCAUCUUCUGGGCGGGUGCCCAGCUCCCGGGGCUGGAGUGGUGGGCCGGGUUCGACUUGGCAGGCGCUCUGCGGGAGCCGGUGCCCACGUGGACUGCGACCCCCCCUCCGUUCGUCAAAGCGGUUGCGGACGUGAUCGCCGCUGCGUUGCGCGCGGUCGCGGCCGACCCCGCGAGCGAGGCGGCGUGGGCCCGGUUGCUCCUACUCCCGCGGCUUCUGUUCGCGGCGGCCGAAAAGGCGACGGCAAGCCUCGGGAAGUACCCGCGCCACUCGGGCCCAGGCCUCUCAGGCGCCCGCUUCGAGCACUGGGCGGUCUUGCGCGGACACGAGGAAGGAACGCAGGCGCUAACGCAAGUCCUCGUCCUCAUCCUCGAGGGCAGGGCGCCAGAGCAGGCCAUGCGGGCCAUCCUCGCUGGGCGACUGCUGCCGCUGCUGAAGCCAGGAGGCGGCGUCCGGCCGCUCGCCUGCGGCGAGACGUUGCGAAGGAUGGCGGCCAAGGCGGCCACGGCGGCGCACAAGAACGCCAUCGCCGAAGCGGUGGGGCACCACCAGUUCGGCGUGGGCCGCAAGAACGGCAUCGAACUGAUGCACCGCGUCGUGGCGGCCACGCUGGAAAAGGAACCUGGCGCCGCAGUGCUCUCCCUGGACGUAGCCAACGCGUUCAACGAGCUCUGCCGGGACACCUUGCUACGGGAGGUCGCCGGCCGCCUGCCCGAGCUGGCCCAGCUGGCGACGGCGUGGUACGGCGGGGCCACCACGCACGGGGCGCGCCUGCCAGCGGGGCGCGAGGCGCGAGGGCCGGAGACCGGGGGACUCCUCCCCGACGGCCGCCCGAGGGCUGCGCACGACCAGCCCGGCGUCGACGUCGGGCUCCUGGUCUCGAAGGCCCUGUCGCUCGGGGUCAUCGCCGGCUCCUUCGUCGGCAAGCUGCCCCAGGUCCACCAGAUCUGGAAGGCUCACUCGGCGCAUGGCGUCUCCGCGAUCAGCAUCUGGACGGAGGCCGUGAGCAUGGGCAUCCAGUUUGCCUACAAUGUCGUGCGCAGGACGCCGCUGAGCACCUACGCCGAGGUGCCGGUGCUGUUCGCGCAGAUGCUGCUGCUCGCCGUCGUGGCUGCUUGGGCUGAUCAGUACCUCGACUGGCGUAUCUGUGUGCCCAGCGUCAGCGAAGAAGCCGUGUCGUUCUUGGACGUCCGAACGUCUGCGCUGUUGUUUUUCUUGGGUCCCCACCAAGGGGAGCUCCUGGACUGCGAUUCCGCUGUGCCGACCAGCUGCCUAGGGCCCGAAGUGUGUUUACGCCUGCUUUUGCUCCACGACCCGCGCGCACCUGUCGGGGAACAUUCCGGCGGUGCACCGCCGCUCCCCCAGGCAGGCCGAUGCAUGGCCCACAGGAGGGGCGCAGGCGCACGACGGCCUGCGCCCCGCUGCACGGGAGGGAGAGCCACGCGAACCCGACAGUUGGAGUGUGCCGUGCCAGCCCGUGCCGCUAGACACGGCUCCGCUCCGUUCGAUUCUUUCGGUCGGCGCGGUUCAUAAGCA